GUGUUAGUAGUUUCACUUUCCACGAAAAAAUUAAUCAUGUUUACGGAUACAUAUAGAUGAGUAUAAUUCAGUGACGUUUUUCGGUUUUGUUAUUGAUUACUUAUGUGUUGAGGUCGAACUCUAUAUAACGUUAUUUUAUUCUCAACUAAAUACGUACGUUUAUGAGUAUCGAUUAAGUAUAAUUCCUUCGUUAAUCGCACAUUGUUUUAAAUUUUACAUACUUUUCAUUCACCGCUUUAUCGAUUACUCAUUUACAUACCUGUUGAUUGAAAUUAAUCCGCCAAGAUGUCCGGAAGUAGAUAUUACCCGACGAAAUGUACGCCUACUGUGCAAAAUGCAGAAAAUUUUGAUGCAAAUGCUGAUGCUGAAGUUUUGAGGAAAGCUAUGAAAGGAUUAGGUACCGACGAACAAGCAAUUAUUGACAUUAUAGGCGCUAGAGGAGUGGUACAACGUUUAGAGAUUAUCGACAGAUACAAAACUUUGUUUGGAAAAGACUUGAUCAAAGAUUUAAAAAGUGAACUCAGUGGCAAGUUUGAAGAUCUCGUUGUUGCAUUGAUGACACCACUACCUGAAUAUUAUGCUAAAGAAUUGCAUAACGCAAUGAGCGGAAUUGGCACUGAUGAAGAUACAAUCAUAGAAAUUUUAUGCACCUUGAGUAAUUAUGGUAUUCAAACAGUGGCCCAAUUUUACGAAACAUUAUUCCACAACACGCUGGAAAAAGAUUUGAAAGGAGAUACAUCUGGUCACUUUCGCAGAUUAUGUGUUUCUUUAUCAAUGGGAAGAAGAAGUGAAGACCCCACUAUUGACGAAUUGGCGGCUAAACAAGAUGCUGAAGCCCUUUAUAAAGCUGGUGAAAAAAAAUGGGGAACGGACGAAUCCGUAUUCAAUAGUAUUCUGGUGACGAGAAGUUAUCAACAACUCCGACGAGUAUUCACUGAAUAUGAGCAACUAACUGGACGUGAUAUUGAACAAUCGAUUAAAAAUGAAUUUUCCGGUGAUCUUGGCAAAGCUCUGCAAGCUUUAGCGAAAUGUAUAAGAAGUAAGGUGGAAUUUUUCGCGGAACGACUUUAUAAAAGUAUGAAAGGCAUUGGUACGGAUGACAAAACGUUAAUUCGAAUAAUAGUUUCACGUUCCGAGAUUGACCUUGGUGAUAUAAAAGUAGCCUUCGAAAAAAUGUACGGUAAAAGUUUGGAAAAAUGGAUCGAGGGUGAUACAUCCGGAGAUUACAGAAAGUUACUUCUGAAAAUUGUUUCUUAAUUCCAAAAGUGGUAUCAGCCAUUUUUCCAAAAGCGAGUUGGCAGGUAUUUGUAUUUCAGCUUUUAGUUUGACGAUGAAACCAAACUCGCCUGGUUGACUCAAUUUUCUUUAUUUUGACGGUUUGACGCAUCAUGUGCUGUGUAUUAUAUUUGUAUUUUGUAUUUUAAUCUGUUAUGUGCCUAUCAUUGAAGUGCAUGCGAUAUAUAUGUUCAUUAAUGUACGGAUAAACUAUUGUUUUUAUAUUUAAAUGCCUAUGUUCGUACUUACCUACAUCUUUUGCAAACACGAAACUUCUGUUGUAUAAGUAGCUAUAGAGCGACAUGGAAUGGAACCCAAUCAAAUUACAUAUUUGUUAUUUUCAUUGAAAAAAUUCCCGUAGACCAUAUUAUAAUAAUACGAAUAGCCUCCAUAUUAUGAAUUGUUUUUAAAAGUUUUGAAUUUGGUAUUUUUCAAUGAUGAUGAAUAAUUUAUUUCUAUGACGAACAACGAGACUGAUUAGGUUGUGGUUUUAGUGCACUUGAUACCACAAAAUUCAUGAAUACAUUUCCCUAUUAUAGUGAUUAAUAAUAUGUAUGUUUGAGUUCGAACAUUUGAAUUUUCAUUGCCACAAAACGUAUAAGUAGGUAUCUUUUUUCACAAAAGAACCAGAUGUCUUCAUUGUUAGACUUCAGUUUUUAAACACUUUUUACUUUGUAUACUUAUUUUUUGUUACGAUAUUUUAUGUUAUCAUGAAUUUAUUUAUUUUUUUUUAUUAAAGAAUAGUUCUUAAUUACUCUGCCUUAAAUUAAAUCUUCAAUUGAAAUGUAUAAAAAAACGUAAUCACGAAUCAAGCUGAGGUUAGUUAUUCCGUUGGGACAUCUCUUACACCGUCCUGGCAGAUCUAUGAUUUUAAAAAAAUAUACAAAUGUUCAGGUGA